GACGUACUAUUCUACUGUAUUAGUAAGUAGGGAAGUGUGCACGGUCAGACGUGGCUUUUUAGUCAUAUGAUAAAUGAGAAGGCAGAUUUAAGUGAAGCCAGAGAGCAGAUAUAAACUCCACUGGUGAGCAGAAUAAGUCACAGAACUUUACAGCUUCAGGAAAGUCAGAUUAAACUUUAGGUCAAUUUUUUACCUGUUAGUUAGAGCAAAAUGCCUUUAUGUGGAGGAACCUCAGAGGCGAAAGAUGCUACAGAUGAAGUGCAGAAGAUCUGUGAUCAGAUGAAACCUCAAGCAGAGCAGAAGGCUGGUAAAACAUUCGAUGUCUUCACUGCUAAAUCAUACAAGACUCAAGUGGUAGCCGGGACCAACUAUUUCAUUAAGGUUCAUGUAGGAGAUGAGGACCACGUUCACCUGCGCGUCUACAAGAUGUUGCCCCACGCUGGAGAAAAACUGGAGCUGACGAGCAUUCAGACUUCCAAAAGCCACCACGACCCCAUCGAAUACUUCUAAACAUAUUUUCUUCUAAGAAACCACAGUGCAUACACAAACCUAGUACUUAGCAACACACAGAGAAAGCAAAGAAAGAUUUAUUUCACAUUAGUUUACUGAACUGACCGAUUAUGGACAAUGACGCACCAAAAGUGCUGUAAUAUUUGUGAUAUUCAUGCUACAGCUUCCUAAUUCUAUUUUUACAAGUGUUUGAUGUUAAAGGGAACAUGUCUGUAGUUCGUGUAAGUAUGUUGUUACAAGUAUUAUGAAAAAUGCACUAUCUCCAAUAAAAAAAAUACAGUUAUAUCAUUAAAGUGG